UUCCUUUGGUUUCUUGAUUUUGUGAUUGUCUUAUUGCUUGUGUGCCUGAAGUUGGAGCUGGAGCAAUGGCUUUCUCUAACACUUUGCAGUCUCUAUCUGUUAAUCGCUUGAUCAAAUCUUCAACCCCACCUCGAUUUUCCUCUUUCUCUUCUUCUUCCUCUCUUUCCUUCGAAUUAUCCCCUUCAUUUCUCAAUCGCAAGAAACCCCUUUUGUCAAUCAGGUCAGCCUCUGUGGAAGCACCAUCAACGGCUGGCGGACUCGCACCUGCUAUUGCGUUGACUGACAAUGCACUGAGGCACUUAAGCAAGAUGAGGGCUGAGAAAAGCGAAGAUCUGUGUCUUAGAAUUGGUGUCAAACAAGGUGGAUGCUCUGGCUUGUCUUACACUAUGGAGUUUGAGAGCAAAGAAAACACCAGACCUGAUGAUUCUGUUAUGGAGUAUAAUGGUUUUGUUAUAGUGCUGCUGCUAUCUCUGUCACGUGCAGUUUGUGACCCUAAGAGUCUCCUCUUUCUCUUCGGUAUGCAACUGGACUACAGUGAUGCGCUCAUUGGGGGCGGCUUUAAUUUCAAGAACCCAAAUGCUACUCAAACAUGCGGUUGUGGUAAAUCAUUUGCUGCGGAGAUGUGAACGUUGCUUAGGCAACAAACAGAUAUAGCAUAUGUACACUGUAUCAUAACACUCCCGAAAAAAUGUUGCACUCGAACUCUUUAUCCUGGUAUCACUUUGGAGAAAUUUAUAGUCAGAGUUAGUGCAAUGCAUUCAUCUGUUUGGUGCUGCUGCAUUAUCACCCUUGUCUGAUUCUUCUAAUUUGAACUCUAAACUCCUAUUGAAGAUUCCAAAAGAAUCUGGAUGAAUGUCAUUAAAUGCUGCUGCUACUUAUGUGUUAA